CUGCCUUCCACUUAUCCGAUUCCAGCAUUUUAGAUUUUAAUUGGACUUUUACACCAAAAGGGCGCUUUUGAUAAGUUUUGUUGUCACGCAAAUUGGCCACUCUGUGCUAAACACGCUGUACGGAAUCGUCGUUGUUGCAUCACCUAACGCAUUUUUUUUUUUAAUUUUUGUUUUUUUUUCCUGUGUUAUUUUAUUUUUUGCGUAUUUUAAGUUUGGUUCAUGUUCACGAGCUUGACGAUAAAUCAUUCAAUUACACUGCAAAAAGUGCGGCGAAACCGGAAGUGGAAAUUCCGUUCGCCCAUUCAACAAAGUUUUUGUGUAAUGGGAAAAAUUACAAAUAAUCGUAUUGAGCGUUCAACUUGUCCAUUGUCGCUUGUCAAAUGUCAGAUGUCAGAAAUUGGGUCACGUAACGAAGUAUCAAACGAGAUUACGACAGACACAAAAUAAUAAUUUCACUUUUAUUCUGAUGCAAGUUUCGAAAUACCAUACUCGAUUUUUUCCUAAAGUUCGUUCGGUUUUUUUUUUAAAUUCCACCUGUUAAAUAAUUCCUGAACAGGUUUUGAACCACAAUUCAAAAUCAGACAAUAUCGCGACGUUUUUUCUACGGCACCACGCGUUUUGAAAAUGUGGUCGUAAUUGGACGUUUUUACGACGUCUCGUUGUAAAUUUUAUACGCGCCGAUAAGUGGCUAAUUAGGUGGUGUUUAUGAAAAUGGUAAAAUAUUGGUCAAUUAAACGAAGAAGUGAGGAAGAGGAUGCGAGAUGUAAGCGCAGCCACCAAAGCGUGACGUUCAGGUCGGCGCUUCCCGCGUCAAAAUCCAAUAUUGAUAAAAAAUCGCCAUUAUAUAAUUAAAGAGUGAAAUUGAAAUCAAGAAGGCGUAUUUUUAUUGGCACAAAUUCAAGAGAUUUGGGUCGCAAGUUGCUAGAUUUGAACCGGAAGUCUUUUUAAAUGACAUUAUUAACAGUAGACAGGCGUUGUUACCCGGUACAAGAUCAAGUUAACCUUGACUGUAAAAGGUAUUCACGUAAUUGAGAAAAUUAACUGUUUUCGUUUUAAUUGGUCGAGUGAAAAAACGCAAGCUUAUUCAAAUUUUUGUUAGCAGCGCCAUCUGUUAUUAUCAUUAUUGUCAUUUUUCACAUAUUUAAUAGGCAAUCGUAAAGUUUCAUGUAACACGAUUAUUAUUUUUUUCUACACAUUGAUAAAUUUUAAUGGGUUGGUCAUGUGGACUGCAUACGUCAAAUUUUGUGAAUUUCUGCAAUACCAGUAUUGUAGGUAGAAGAUAAAAACGGCCACGUGAAAACGUUGCUAUUGUUUUUAGUUAAGGUGUUGUAUUGUUCGUAAGUUGUAACGUUUUGAUUCCUCACAUUUUUUAUACAAAUAUUUUAAAUGAAUACCUAUCGAAAGUUGGCCAGCAACUUCACGGAUAUUUGCGACUGGCCAACGCUGAGUGAUAACGUCCCUCCAGAGUCGAAAAAAGCGUCAAACAAUCCCACACCAGGCCAAUCGUCGGCGCCGCCACCACCCAAAGAGAAGGUGCAACCGCAGCAGCAGCAGCAGCAACAGCACGAGGAUCACGAGGAUAAAAAAAAAUCGUCGAAACACAAGUGGGUACCGUUAGAGAUCGAUUUAAGUAAGGCUCAUAAAAAAGAUCAGUCGCCGAGAAGACGACCCGAUCGCGAUGCACAAUCGACUGUUAGUGACGGUGAUAGAGACUGGAGGGCCGAACUGCGGGACGGCCCUCAAGUCAAUGGGAGAUUUCCCAGACCGGCUUCCGUAGCCGCUAGAGGUAGAGGACGUAAUAGGGGAGGCAGACGUACCACUUUUAAUAGACCAACCAAUAGAAUGCCGAGCGAUCCAGAUUAUAUAGAUUUUCCCGCGGAAUAUGCCCAGUUUGCCACGCAAAACUAUGUUGUACCAUACAUGGGCACUUUUUACUUCAAUAGCAACAAUUACGGCAAUUUAGAUAAACCAACGCUGAAGGAAUACAUCCGGCACCAAAUAGAGUACUACUUCAGCGAGGAGAACCUUUCUAGAGACUUUUUCUUGAGGCGGAAAAUGGACCCUCAAGGCUACCUCCCUAUUACUUUGAUCGCGUCUUUUCACCGCGUUCAAUCUUUGACUGAUAACUUACACUUGAUUAUUGACGCCGUUAGUAGUUCGGAUAAAAUAGAGUUCGCUUCGGGAUUUAAGGUUCGUCCAAAACACGAACCUACUAAAUGGCCUCUUUUAGACGGUAAUAAUGAUAUUAAAAAAGUCGCAUCUCAAUUAGUUCCUCCUCCGCCUUUGCCGCGGACUUUACGAAUAGAAAAUUUGAAUCCGGAAGUGCCUGAGUUUGUCCCCGAACACAACAAUAAUAAGACUAAUGUCAACAUGAACAGUACCGACGACAACGACAACAAUAAGGAAAAUAAUAAAGAAAACAACAUUGGAAAUAAUAGAGAACGUGCUAGUGAAAAUCAUAACGCGAACAAUAUCGAUAGUAAGGAAAACAACGGUUCCACAACUGACGAAGACAGUUGGCGAGAAGUUAAGCGAAAGAAUAAGGAAAACAAAGGCAAGAAGGAAACCAAAAUGAAACCCUACGAGAGAGAAGAACUGGAAUUUUAUUUCGACGAAGAAAUCGAUGAAUGCUUACUGAGCGGACGACAAAAUACUUUUUCGAACGAGGGUACCGAAGAGGAUUCAGACGAACUGAGUGAUAACGAUAUCAACAAAUUGUUAAUCGUAACGCAAACGACUUCUCGCGUCCCCAAGCACGACGGCUACGAUCGGACCGGUGAUAGAACAACUCGGGUAAAAAUAACGCAGGAACUCGAACAAGCCAUAAACGAUGGACUUUACUACUACGAAGAAGACUUAUGGCAUAGCGAUCGCUCUUCGGUAGGCAGUUAUAAGACAGUCAAUGUGAUCACACAGGAGGCGUUCAAGAAAAUGGCGCCCCCUGCACCCAAGAAACAAAAUCCUGAAGUACCUCCUCCACCUCCCCCAGUAGUCGAGGUUAGCAAACCGUCGGGAAGCAAGAAGUCAUCGGGACAUAGAAAUGUGCCAAGGUUCUACGCCGUUACGAAAGACGAAGUUCCUGAUCCUCACACUCCUAGAAAACGGAAAACUAGGCAUUCGAGUAACCCACCAGUGGAACAACAUGUUGGUUGGAUCAUGGAUGUUCGAGAACACCGUGUUCGUACUAAUUCAGCCAGUAGCAGCUUUGGAACUAGCCCCAGCGAGAGUCACUUAGGAACCAGUUACGGCAGCGUACCACAAGCCUUACCAGUGUUCCAGCAUCCAUCACACGCCUUGCUACAACAAAAUAACUUCACGCAACAAGCCUACCACAAAUUCCGGCACAAGUGCUUUAAAGAACGUAAACGAUACGGCGUUGGACAAAGCAAUGAGAUGAACACCCUUUUCCGAUUCUGGUCAUUUUUCUUACGCGAAAAUUACAAUCGAGCGAUGUACGUUGAAUUUAAGACGAUGGCAUUAGAAGAUGCAAGCGAAGGAUACCGUUACGGAUUAGAAUGUCUAUUUCGAUUUUAUUCCUAUGGUCUCGAAGUCAGGUUUCGACCGCACCUGUACCAAGACUUUCAGGAAGAAACUCUCAGAGACUACGAAAACGGACAAUUGUAUGGUUUAGAAAAAUUUUGGGCUUUUAUGAAAUAUUACAAGUUUAGCAAGAGCUUGUACGUGAAUACUAAAUUAAAACAGUAUUUAUCGAAGUUUAAAAGCAUCGAGGAUUUUAGAGUAGUCGAGCCAUUGGAAAGUCAAAAUGGACGUGCUCAGUAUCGACAAAAUAAAAAUCGCAAUCGUAGUCUUUCAGAAACUCAAUACGCUGAACCAGGAACAUCACGUGACGAUAGCUCUGUAGGCCGGCGCUCUUCAGGAAGUAACGUUGCUCAUAGGAAUGAUUUUGCUCACGCUCAGCCUGGAACGAGUGCUCCGGCUGGAAUAGGUUUUAAGUGUGCUGGAAGGGCUCGUACUCAGUCUUUUGGAUCUGGCCGUACUAAAAGUAAUCGAAAUAGUACCGAAUCUUGGCGACAGAAAGAAUCAGACGGCAAACUUGAAAAUUCCACUAAUGCUGCUUAAGUUCCAACAAGUGUUCUAGUUAAGUGAUCAAGUUAAAUUUUGAUAAUCUUACUUGGUCUUUUUUUGUAAAAUUUUAAGUGUAGUCUAUAAUGUUUUAAAUUAUAGUUAUAAUUUAAAGUUAAUUAUUAUAAACUAUCAGCACUGAUGUUUGUAUAAAUAAAAUUGAAAUAACUAAUGUAUAAAAGUGUAAGUAGGUUUGCGAGUGUUGUUAAGUGCCAUUGCCUUAAAAUAACUGAUAGUUUCAUAUUUUUCUAGUAAUUACAAAAUGAAUAGCUAUGCAACGCAAUAUUUUAUAAAUGUCAGUGGAGACCGUAUCGGUUAAAUUAAUAUCGCGUAUGAUUUAGUCAUUCAAUUUUUGUGCGAGUUUGGUGGAUUUAUAACUACUUAUAUAUCGUGACGAUUGGUAUAUCGUGUAAAUAAUGAUUAAAAUUUAUGGGCUCACUUCACAAUACUUCCAUACAUAACAUAUAAAAAAAUAGGCUGUUUCUUUUUCGCUUUAGUGUGUACCAAUAUAUUAUGCAUUAUAUAGCUGGGCUACACAUAUAACUGCUUAGGUGAGAUUUCUUAAGGUUAUUCAUUUAAUAAUUGCGCAUCAGCAAUGUACAUUUUAGUUGAGCUAAGAAUGUUUGCACUUUUCAUUGAAAAUGGCAAUCAUACAAUGGUAAAUUUUACUUAUUUACUUAAGGUAUGCAUUUCCUCAAAAAAAUAUAGUUUGUAAUAUCGUGUAAUGCCCAUGUAUUUUCUUUUGUUACGUUAUUGUUUUAUUUUUAUUUUUCUUAUUUAACGUUCGCCCCUAAUCAAAUGUAGCUUGAGAAUAUUUAUAAGUUAUAGUAAACUUUGAUAAAAAGUAAGAUUAGGGGAAGACUCGGAGAAGGUGUUGUUACUUGAAACUCUCAUUUGUUUUUGUUAAUAUGACUAAAUCCGAUUUGUUUUAUAUUGUUAACACUUUUUAGGUGUCAUUUACUCUUAUAUAUUUUUUAUAAUUUAAUUCCUACUGGUAUGUUUAUAAACUGUAAAUUAUAGGACAACGCAAGGAGUUUUUUUACUGUGUUUUGUAACGUGUGUUUAGAGAAUUAAUCAUCCUUUAUAAUAUAGUUUUAUAAAAAAAUGUUCUUUUGUCUAAUUGGAAACCAACGUCGUGAAUAUUGCAUUUGGUUGUUAGAUUAGAUGAAAAAACACAAAUCUUGUGAUAAUUAAUGUUUUUAAUUUUGCUCAACUCCUUGCAUUUAUUGUAUCGAUUUAAGUUAGUUUGUAAAGCGUGUUGUGGAAGUGUGGUCAAAGAUUUGUCUUCCUGUAACACUAAAAAAACUCUAAAAAAAAAACUACAAAACUGAA